AUUUUGGUAAUGACAUACAACGAGUAAAACUGUUAAACUACAUCGUUAAACGUGACUAUUUUUUAUCCUCUUCUAAUUACACAAAAAAAAUGCAUACGUAUUUGACCAAAAACCGAUAUCACGGUAUUGAACGUGUACCAAAAUUCAAACAGAAAAUCAUUUUGCUAAAAACGAAAAAUUAUGUCUGUCGAAAUAACGACGACAUGGUUUAGCGCAAAACGGUUGUCAACCGUCUGUCCGUGAACAAUAUUAUAUUAUUGUGGUUAUUACAGUGCACACGUCUAUAAUCAAUAAUAACAAUAAUUAAAUAGUAAUUAAAUCAUAAUAAUCAUUACAUUAAUUAUUAAUUACAACUAUAAACGUCGAUAUUCCGACAGAGAUAAGAAACUUUUUGAUACUCGUGAUAAGCAUGGUAUACCACGGAUCACAAUAUAGAUAAAACAAAUUUUAUGUAAUGAUAUUGUUAUCACCGGUUCGAGCACCCGCGAGUCGAUCUACUGUCUUGAUAACAUUGCAAAAAUGAAAAUACGAAAAAGAACUACCUAAUUCUGAAAUUCCAGUGUUCUGAAUUGUUUUCAUUUUGAGGAACUUUUUUUGACAAAACGCAGGUGCGCCGUGCGGAUCUUGUGCAAAUGGUGUGAAAAAGUCCUCUAUGAUGUUGUCGUUAAAAACUGGUAGGGACUUGUUCAAAUGCCUGGUGGCGGCUGGCCGCUGUUCUCUAUUGCAAUCGCGUCUGCCGACGUGCGGGACCACUUUAAUACGACGGAGUUAUGGCGACCACGGCAGCACCAUUGGUGGUGGUCGCGAUGGAGGCAGAGGUGACGAUGACGACGAUGGGUUCGUAAAGCCCGGGAACUACAAAGUAUUCAAAGAUGACGACUCUUCGGUGAUCUUGGAUGUGGAAGAAGAACGUGCUUUGCUUGACUCGCAGUUGUCCGUUGACGAUACCCGUUCAGAUUUUGACGAAAUCGAUCAAUUUGCUGGUUUCGAUAUGUCACGUGGCGUGUCCGGAGUGUUUGAAGUGGAGCAUCUAGUGGAAGUGCUCCAAAAGAACAACGCAUCGAACGUGUUCGUCGUGUCCAUCCCUGCCAAUGUGAGGUACGUUGAUUACAUAGUAAUCGCUACAGGAAGAUCGCAAAAACAUUUGAUGUCGAUCGCCGAUUUCGUUCACAAGCUUUUUAAGAAAAAGCGACGGCCAUCGGACAACAUACCCAGAAUAGUGAACAAGAAGCCUAUAGACUGGAUUGCAUUAGAUAUAGGUAAUAUAGCUGUCCACUUGUUAACGAAGGACACCAGGAAGAACUUUGACCUGGAGACAAUUUGGAGCGUAGGAGAAAAGUUUGAUUCCCACCUGAACAGGCCAGUGGAUUCGUUGGUCACGUUAUUGAACGAACAUUCGUUUAGCUUAGACAAUUUAGAACCGGUUGAUUUCGAACAUGAAAAAAUCCAUUAACUCGUUGGCGUACGAUUUUACUCGAGUCAACUGUAAAUAUCCUUUGAAUAUUCUGUUUUAUUUUUUUAUUGUAUGUAAUUUAAAAAUUAAAUCACUGUUUUUAUUUCAAAAAUUAAAAAAGAAUAAUAAUAAUUGA